AUGUCUCUCGUCGCGCGCAGUGAGGUCGUCGUCCGCCAGCUCAUGAAGCGAAAGAACUGGGCUGCCAAGGAGCCCGGUGUCAUUCUCGUCUUCUGUAUUGUUGGUGCCGUCGCUCUCCUUCUAUUCGGCCUUUUCAUACAGAAAAAGGUAAGUACCUAG